CUGAGAUAGUGGGGCGUACGUUAUUUUUUGGAGGAGAACAGAGCGAGAGGCCACGUUUGGAGAAGUUCCCGGUACGCAUCGUUGGAAAUCGCAACAGGUUGACCUGUCACCAUGACAACAGAAGCAGGCUCUGAGACAGAGGUGAAGGAGAAAGCAGAAGAGUCAGCUGCUCAGCCGGACCAAUCAGAGAAGGUAACAGAAGAAACCCAGGAAGUAGCGAACGCAGAGGGAGAGGAGAAGGAGAAAGAAAAGGAGAAGGAGAAAGAGGGGAAAGACGGAAAAGGAAUAUCUCGAUACCUGCCAACAUGGCUUAAGAAGCAGAAGUCUCAAAGCCAGACCUCUCCAACCAAGGAGUUCCCACCCACAGAGGAAGCCGUUAGCCCGGUGGCACAGGAAGAGGAGGGCCCUGCCCCAGAAGUGAACGGUCACGCAGAGGAAGUGGAAGAGAAGGAGGCAGUCAAGUCAGAGCAAGUGCAGGAAAAAGAGGCAGAAUCUCAUUCCAACGCCAGCGCAGACACUGAGCCUGCCAAGGAAGAGAAGGUGGAAGAGAGUGCUGAGAAAAGUCCCGAAGAGACCAAGGAGACAACAGAGGCAGAAGGAGCAGAGGAGGAUAAGAAGGAGCAGGAAGACGAGGUUCAAGGUGAAGGGGAGGGAGGAGCAGAAGAAGGCCAGACUUCCAUUUUCCAGUCUCCUCUUCGCCUUGUGAGGAAGACCAAGAUGAAAUUGGUGGUGUGUCAUGUGACCCUACUGGACGGGACCGACUUCACCUGUGAGGUGGAGAAACGAGCAAAGGGCCAGUACCUGUUCUUUAAGGUGUGUGAGCACCUUAAUCUAAUGGAAAAGGACUACUUUGGACUGAUAUACAAGGACAGCCAUGAACAGAAGUGUUGGCUGGAUCCCACUAAGGAAAUCAAGAGACAGAUCCGCAGUAACAACUGGCAGUUUGCAUUCAAUGUCAAGUUCUACCCUCCUGACCCCUCACUGCUCACUGAAGACAUUACCAGGUACCUGUUGUGCCUGCAGCUCCGUGAAGAUGUGGCUUCUGGUCGACUGCCUUGCUCAUUUGUCACUCACGCUCUGCUGGGGUCAUACACAUUGCAGGCAGAGCUCGGUGACUGUGAACCCGACCAGCCUCGGCCGCUGGACUACAUUAGCCAGCUGACCUUUGCUCCCAAUCAGAACAAAGAGAUGGAGGAGAAGAUUCUUGAACUCCACAAGUCCCACAGGGGAAUGACACCAGCACAGGCUGAUGCCCAGUUUCUAGAAAAUGCCAAGAAACUGUCCAUGUAUGGAGUGGACCUGCACCAUGCUAAGGAUUCUGAGGGUGUGGACAUCAUGCUCGGUGUGUGUGCCAACGGACUCCUGGUUUACAAAGACAGACUUCGGAUAAAUCGUUUCGCUUGGCCCAAAAUACUCAAGAUUUCAUACAAGAGGAACAACUUCUACAUUAAGAUCAGACCAGGAGAGACGGAGCAGUUUGAGAGCACAGUGGGAUUCAAACUCCAGAAUCAUCGAUCUGCCAAAAGGCUGUGGAAAGUCUGCGUGGAGAAUCACAGUUUCUUCAGGUUAAAUGCUCCAGAACCUCCAACCAAGGCUCGCUUCUUGACUCUGGGUUCUAAGUUCCGCUACAGCGGACGAACACAGGCCCAGACCCGCCUGGCCAGCUCCCUUAUAGACCGACCUGCACCCAACUUUGAACGCACCUCCUCAAAACGCAUUAGCCGCAGUCUGGAUGGAGCACCAGUGAUCAGCAUUACUGAGGCCGGCAGAGACACAGCUGAGAACGGACGUGAGCACCGCCUGGAGCUCCACUCUGACUCUAAGGACCAUGAUAAGACCCAAGACGAGGUUCUGAAACACCAAGCUAGCAUUAGCCAGCUAAAACGCUCCUUUAUGGAGGCGCCACCUCCCUCUCCUCCUCAGCCCAACCAGUGGGAGAAACGUCUCACCUCCUCUCCCGCUACAACGAUACGUGUUCAACAGCAACAAGUGGUGAAUGUGCCCCAAAUGGAAGCAACUGCAGAUGAUAGUACGAUCUCUGAUACCAAAGAACCUGCUAAGACAACUGAAGUUGAAAUCGAAGAAACCGUUGUCGUCCAAGAGGUUUCCAAAGCAACCAAACCUGGACUUGUCACAGUUACAACCAGCUCUCCUGCAGGCCCACCUGCAGAGCAGGAAACAAGAGAGCCGGAAGUGAAGGUUGAAGAGGAAGUAGUGAUAGCAGAGGAAGCAAAAGCAGCAAAGCAGGAGAGCAUUUCAUCCGAGAGCGAGAGCGAGGAAGAAGCAGAGUACCACCCAAAUGUCCCCGUAUCCAUCUCGCAUACGCAAAUCCUAGAGGAGAAGGAAGAGGAUGAAGAGCAAGAGAAGAAAGAGGAGGAUAAGACGGGGGAGCAGAACAUUUCAGUUCCAGACACUUCCUUUCCAUCUGUAAUCACUCAUCCCGCAGAAGAGAUCACUCGAGAGGUAGAGGAGUCCAGAAAAGAGGACACAGUGCCAGAGAAGAAGAACAAUGCAGAGGAGGAGAAAGAAUGUGAGAGGGAGACAGAGGAAAGCACCGACGAUCCAAUGGUUACACCUGAUGAAGCUCCCAAUGGUCUCCUCCUGCCUGAGGAGGCUGUGCAGGGGUUGGUCACCCAUGCAGAGGAAGAGGAGGAGCCCAGAAUGAACGGAGAAGCCUCUCUGGUUGAAGCAGAGCACCGGCCACAGGUUAUUUGUUGCUCUGAGCCACCUGUGGUAAAGACAGAAAUGGUGACUAUAUCAGACACGUUUGCAGCCCAGAAAACUGAGAUAGCAACAAAAGAAGUGCCCAUCGUACAUACGGAAACCAAGACCAUCACUUACGAAGCUGCACAGUUGGAUGGUAAUGGUGAUGGCGAGCCUGGAGUGUUGAUGACUGCUCAGACAAUCACCUCUGAAUCUCUGUGUACUACUACAACCACACACAUUACCAAGACGUUAAAGGGCGGCCUAUCAGAGACGAGGAUUGAGAAACGCAUCGUCAUUACUGGCGACUGCGACAUCGACCACGACCAGGCACUGGCCCAGGCCAUUAAGGAGGCCAAAGAGCAACAUCCUGACAUGUCUGUUACCAGAGUGGUGGUUCAUAAAGAAACUGAACUGGCUGAGGAGGAGGAUUGACUGAACUCAGAGUUGAAGGGCCCAUCAUGACUGUUUUCUCUGUUGACGUUGAACGACCUUCUUCACCCUACGACGACCAACCGUGACUGACUGAAGAGGAGGAGAAAAAGAGGAGCUAAAGAGCAGAAGGAGAAGACUUAGACAGAGGGAGUCGCUGGUCACCAAUCUCUUCGCAGUCGGUCUUUCUUACAUGUCUGUGGUGCAUCUAAAUCCCUCACUCCAAAACCAAGUAAAAGAAAAAUAAUAUCCUCACUCUCUCUGAGGGAACACAAAAGAACCACUUCGUUAGCUUAACAUUUGUAGUGUGUUUUUAUUUUUUAAUAGUGCUUUUUUUUUUUUUUCUUUUCUUUAACUGUUUGUUUUACAAAAAGAGAGAAGAUAGUGUGUCUUUAAGAUACUGUUAAAAUAAAACCUUUAGGGAUGCACUGAUAACCGGCUCUGAUGAGAUACAAGCCUAAGAAUGAUGACUGUAUCAUUGUACCGAUUAUUUCAUCAUUGUAUUGAUUAUUUCAUCAUUGUUAUUGACCUUCAAUAACAUUCAAAAGUCAAAACAAAUCGAAACUGUUUUUAUCUUUUUUAUCUUUUUUGUCAAAAAGCUAUGAAGUUCUGUGCUUGGUAUCUGUAUCAGCAGUGGAAAAGUGGUAUUGGUGCAUUCCUGAACAAAAAAAAAAUGUUGUUUGUUAAAUUACAGCUCCCUCCCUCACUUCAUGAAGUGGAGAGUAAUAAAAUAUAAGUCAGUCAUUUCAAAUUUUUACAGUAACAAGUAGGCCUGCAGGAAAUGGGGAGACACAACUUGGUCUUUUUUUCUUUUCUUUUUUUUUUUUUUUUUUUUUUUUUUUUUGAAACAUUUUCAAAGUGUAACAAAAUCCAGCAGUUUUACUCAUUAAAAGACAUUCACGGAGUCAGAUUAUGGUAGAAACCAGUUGUGUCACGUGUUCACAUUUUGUUAC